CAUUGGCUAAUGCAGAAGCUAAGCAGUGUGCACGUGUUUGUCUGUGUGCGUGUGUGUUCGAGAAGAGAGUGACGUGCUACGUUUGAAAAUAUCAAAAGUUGAAAAACACUCGCGGAACAAAAGAUGUUCUGCGCUGUGGAGUUUAUGGAUCAACUUAUAAAGCUGUUAAUGUGUUACACUCUAUAAAAUGGUUAAUCCUAGGACAUAGGUAGAGAGAAAUAUAUCUAUUGGAUCUAGAUCUAGAUCUACAAGUAUAAAUCUAGAUAGAGAUCUAGAUAUAGUGUGAUAGACAGAUGUAUCGUUUUCAUUCAGUGUGAAAUAACUACAAAGCAUGUCUUGUUUUUUGGCGUAAUUUUUUUCGGGAUCUUGGCUUCGUUUGGAUUGUUCUGUCUGACCCAUUCGGAAUGUUUGGAUAAUCUUCGCACUUGAUCUGGGUUAGGCGUGGAACUGAUGCGAUGGGAGAGUACCUGUGCAUAGGAGACUACCUGUGCCUGUACUGCGAGGAGACGGAAGGAUUUGUGUACAGCUAUCAGUCCAGUUCUACUAACAGUGGAUUACACGUGUACUGUCACCAGGACCGGAACAGGCCCACCAAUAUACCUAACGCACAAGCUGUGAUAUUCCAAAUAUGUAUCCAGAAUCGAUACAAACUCAACAAGAAAUACAGAAAAUGUCUAAGCCUGCAACAAAAGGAGAGCACAGAGACUUCCAAGGCCAUGCUGACCCAGGCUAAGUUAUCAGCAGAAGCUGAAAAGAAAGACAACUUGGCAGAGCAGACUCGCCAACAUGGCAAAAGAGUUCGCUACGGAGAAAUAGUACAGCUAAAACAUGUCUUCACUGGCAAGUUUGUACACAUGAGUACAACACACACCAGCAAGAAUGACAAGAACAAUAUGAAGAUAUCCCUGAUAGAAUUUAAUGCCAAGAAUGCUCAAUUUAGGAUAUUACCUCGCUACAAAGUCAAAUCUGAAGGAGAGGUGGUUCAAUUGUAUGAUCAGAUUGUCUUUGAGAGUGUCAAGUCACCUGGCCACUAUUUCCAUGCCAGUGAGGCCUAUCAAAUUGAUCACUUUUCUCAUGGCUCUGAACUCAACUUAGGAGUGGAGCGCUCCAGUUUUACAUUAAUUGGAAGCUAUAGAGAUCACCCAGAGGAAAGUAGAUUUGUUAGAGGAGGGUGUGUGGUAAGAUUGUUUCACAAAGAAUUAGAAGCUUACCUUGUGGCUGAGGGGUUGUUUGAUGAAGCAGUUAUUGAAGAUGUUCAUUUCCGCAUACGUGCCAUUGACCAACAUCGUCCUAAAUCAUUGUCUCCAUCAACUUCUGGCAUCACCUAUUGGCAGUUGGAAGCAGAGCACAGCAUUUUGGAUGGUGAUGUACUCAGAUGGGAACAACAGAUAAGAUUGAGGCACAUGUUGACUCGUCAGUACUUGAGUGUGGACACAAAUGGUGAUGUUCUACUGACCCCUGAUCCUACAGAUCCUCGGACAGUUUUUAGACUUCAUUCUGUCUUAAAAGAAAGAGAUGAAAUUCAAUUGGAAAGCUAUGCGAGGAUAGAACACAUGCUUACAAACCGUUGGUUACAUGCGCUGAAAGAUGAGGAUUAUGAGAAACGACAGUAUAAUGAACAUGAUACUGAAAGAACAAUGCAGGGACUUAGGUGGGAUGGAGCGUCUUUAAGAAAGGUGUCUGCCAGCAUGGAGAGUAUGUAUGAUGAUGCCUACACCAUCCAGCAAGUCAAAGAAUGUGAUGUCUUGAGUUUCAACUAUGUAGCAGGGAUGCUGCCUUUUCUUUUCAACCUCAUCCAAGAUCAACUAAGUAAUGCUCCACUGACUGCAAGAAGAACACAUGAAAUGAUCAUGACAUUACAUGAGAUUAAAGAAUUCAUAAUGCCUGAGGGUUUGCCUGAUAAAAAUAGACAAAAGCUGUUAAGAAAUCUUAGGGUGAUAGAUCUGCUGGUCAGAUUGUUACAGUGCCCACUACGAGAGGAAGAUGAACAGAUUCAAAUGAUCAGAAUCUUUAAAGAAGCCUAUGAUGUACUUCACGCUUAUAUGUUGGGGAAAAGCAGAAAAAAUGCUCUGUACAUUGCUAAAUAUAUUGACUUUUUUCAAACCCAGUUUACUCAGAAGGGUGGCAUAGGUUUAAAUGUUGCCCAAAUGAUAGUUGAAUUGAUUCGGAACAAAAGAAAAAUAGUGGAUAGAAUAACUCAAGCUCACAUUGACACCUUUAUUCAGCUUCUUCGCAACAAUCCUAGUUAUCAUUUCCUGGAUCUUCUUCAAGUGUUAUGUGUGUGUGAUGAGGUUGCUAUACCUAAUAAUCAGAGUUAUAUAGUUCAGCAAUGGCUGCGGACCUACAAGGACAGUGUAUAUUUAUUGGACAGAGGUCAAAAUAUAAACAAGAGUCCAAAUAUUGUGUACAUUUCUGUUGAUGGAAGAGCGACUUGGGUGGCGUUGCACCAGUUUGUUGAUGAAAUGGCUGCAGAUUAUGAUUCAGAGAAAAAUCAGUUUUUUAUUCAUCAAUUGGAUUUAAUGAAAGCGUUUUGUUUUGGCAGAAAUGAUUUCUCUAUACACACCAUAACAAGAGAGUUUGGUUAUAUUACAUGGGAAGAUGCCUUUCUCUGUAUACAGUCAGAACUUCUUCCUGACUCAAUCAGAGCCAAGUUUACUGAACUUGUAAUUGGUCUAUUUGUGGAUGUGGGAAACAACUAUUCAGUUUUGGACAAUCCAAACAUCUGCUUUGUCUAUGAUUAUGUUGGCUCCAAAGAUGCAGACACAGAUCAAAGUCAAUAUCCUAUUCCUUCAUCUCCGUCAUCCCACCUCUAUGUCAACAAUGUGGAUGCUGCCAACAAGUCUGGUUUUAAUUCCAUUCUCAAAGAGUCUGAGGAAGAUACAAUUGUUUGGAAUGAAGUGAUUGAUAUGCCCAUUGAGAGACGUAAAGAGCCAAGUUAUGAGGUUGUGAAAGACCUAGUCACCAUAUUUCCUGUAUUAAGAGAUUGGCUGGCAGAGUUUCUCUCUAAAAACUGCACAAUGACUCUCAAUAUGGUUGGCAGAAAUUUACUUAUUAAGCAAGUAUUAAGACUACUUCAGUACUUGGUCAAAUUUGGUUACUACAUGGAUGUUGAAGACAUCAGAAAACUUCUACCACCAUUGCUCAGUUUGUUGGAUGGUAGACAUGACGUCCCAUUCCCUAAAGAUAAGGAAAAAGGAUUUUCAAAAGAGGCUCAAAAAGCUGUCCAGGCCUACAGAACUGUUGGAAGAUUUGAAAUGAGUUCUGAAACAGAAGCCCUAGUGAAUGCCAAGUAUCAAGCCAUGAAGGCACUAGAUCUAUUGCUGACUUUCCAAAGAAAUUUAAGACUUAAGGUCUUUGUGACAAUGUUUAAACAAACAGAACAAGGAGCUGCUAAGAAGAAAGUGCAAGCACAUCUUGAGCCUCUGUUGUAUGAGACCUUUAACCCUGUCGAUACUAAGAAGAAGGCCUUAAAGCAGCAAAAAGAAGUUCAAAAGGAAUUGAGAGAAAUGUUUAGUCUUUCAUCUAUUUUAGACAUUGACAGCACAACACUCAUUCUUCUAGAUUUGUCUCAGUACAAAUAUGAACAAAUUAUUGUCAAGUCUCUGGAUUUACUUAACAAACUUUAUUCAUCUCAGAUGGAUAUGUUUGCAUUGGCUAAGAGGGCACAAAUUCUGUACACGCGUGAUUCUGCUCGAGUUCAUCGUGAGGUACAAAGAAGUUUACCAACCUUGCGCAGACUUGCCAGGUCAAAGUUGAAUGACCAACAGGUGUCCCUAAUUAAUGAGGUCUUGGAUGAACUUUGCGAAUUCUGCUACCUACCAAAAACACCACAAGAACCUCACCCAAUGAAUCAAAAUAUAAUGAUAAGUCACGGUGUUCUCAACAUAGUGCUUGAUAUUCUGUCACAAGAAAUUGAUUCCAGAUUGCUAAGAGAACAAUAUCAAGGCAUGGAGUCUGUGUUCAAGAAGACCUUACAUCUGUUGUGUCUUUUGAUUAGAGAAAACCAUGAGGUGCAGGAAGAGAUGUUUUACCACUUGGACAGGCUACUAGAUGUCUCCAUUGUCAGGUCUCACCUUGCUUUAGCUUUAAAAGAGGUAUUUACAGAUAAUCAAAGUGUUUGUCUCAAAGUCCAGCCUCGCCAAAUCCAGAGAAUGGUCAUGUUAGCAGCAGAAUGCCAACACAAUGCCCCAGAGUUUUUAGAACUGUUGAAGUCUCUAGUCAAGGUUGAGGGACUUGAUUUAACUAUCAAAAGAAAUCAGGCUUUAGUGAUGAAGUACAUCAUGCAGACUUUUAAAAAAUCAGCCUAUGUCCUUGACCAGCCACAAGAAGUAAGGGAUAAGAUCUUAACCAAUCAGACAGAGCCUGGACAUCUUACCUAUUUUAUAAAUCUUGUGGAGCUGUUAGCAACUUGUGCUGAGGGUGAAAAUAAAUUUAUUGAGUCUCUUUGUCAAACUAUUCUGCCUUCCCAUGACAUUCUCUGGGUUCUUAACAACUCAGCUGUUGAUAGCAACUUGAAGCGUCCAUUCAUUAAAUUCUUAAUGUGGGUUUACAUGAAAGCUUCAAAUGGCUUGGUUGAGAGUGGAGCCUCUGAUCUACAACAUGACAAGCUGAUGUGGGACUUUAUUAACACUGCAGUCUGUGAUAUGACUCAAGUAUCUGAGUUUCUUGUUCAGUAUGCAGAUAAAAUCUCUCAGCUACUCAAGUCACCACCAAAACCAAGUCAAGUGGCAGAAAACCAUGAGACAAAGUCAGUCAUGCAUAGCAAACUCUUCUUCAUAUUGGAUGGAGUUUUACCAUUUUUACAUUUGUUUUAUACAGUGCUGUACAACAGUGAGUCCAUUGAUCAUCACAUUUAUGCUGAGGAAGUGAAAACUACUGACAAUGUGGCUAAUGCACUGAGGGGACUAUUCUCUCAUCUGGGCUCUUACUUAACAUCACCAACACAUCUGAAAAAUGCACUGACCUGUCUCACAACAGUAUUAUCUCUGACGCCAUCUCAUAAAGCUCAACUGUUAGACGUAAUGACGAAAUUGACUUCAGGCAUGACUCUUUCUGACACUACAGCAGCAGUUAAGAAGGGCAAUAUGGAGUACUAUGCAUCAGAAUUGGGAUUAAAUGCUAAGUUCCAUUGUUUUACGAGUAAUUGUACCAAGAUUCACACUGGUCACAACACAGUGCAGGCUCAGCUUAAGAUCAAGUCUAAAAGAGAGUACAUUGUGGCUGGAAGCAAUGAAGAACUCCCACUUGGUGAAGAGUUUCAGAAGCUUAUUCGAUGCUUCAUUGACCCAAAUGAGAAAAAGUUGGUCAAAAAGUAUUCCAGAGCUCAAAUACUUUUAGAACAAAUGGCGAUAUCUGCAGUACAAAGUAAACAACCUCGUCCUGAUCAACCAACCAGUGAGCAGUUAGAUGUCAGAUGUCUUCAGAUACUUCGUGCAUUAAUCCACAAUGAGGAGAGAAAACUUCCAGAGGACUGGGCAUCACGCACAUCUGAAUCCAAAAUUAAAAAGCAGAUCAAUAGGAUCAAAGAGGUCCAGAAUGCUAUUAAUAGCCAUAAUGUCAUCAAUAAAGUCUUACCCCAUUUAUCCAGACGCAAUGAUAACAUAGUGAGAGAAGUGCUGGCAUUUAUCUGCAUUAUGUUGUUCAAUGCCAACAGGGAUGUUCAAAAAUCCAUGCUGGACUACUUUCUUUCAACAAGAGAAGAAGUAUUUUUCAUGGCAGUCAGAGACAGGAUGCAAGUUUCAACAAACGCCAUUAAAGAAAAGCGCAGUCUCCUGGCUCAGCAUGAAGCUCGAAAGAAAGAGACAUUAAGAAGCUACAGUUUUUCUAGAACCUCAAUGACCAUCGAAAAGAAAGCCCUUCAGGAAAUUCAGUUGUUUGAGCAAAGAAUGAAAACAGAAAGAUUAGCCGGCUGGAGGGCACUAGCAAGGGCCAAUAACAAACAGCCAUUGCAGAAGCGGAGAUUUUCAUUUCGAAGACAAUCUAAGGCGGUGAAACCCAGAAAGGGUAAAUCUUUGGACGCUGCCGGCAUUAAAAAGAGCUCCAAUGGCAUCCCUAAUGACAGCGAGGCCUUAAUCAGUGAUGCCAAAGAAAUAGAAAUGAAAGAGUUAAUGAUGAACCCAGAGGAUUUGCAACAUAUGUCUGUGUCACUGACUGAGGCACUAGAUGAAGGGGUGAAGGACAUGUUGGAGUACAAAGAUGAUGGUUAUAUUGAGCUUGUCUUAAAACUCCUGGCCAGAAUUUGUGAUGGUCAGCAUACAGGCCUUCAGAACUACUUAAGAGAGCAACCCGAUAAUGUGAAGUCCUUCAGCAUUGUGGCAGAGACAGCUCAGUUUUUAAAUGUUGUCUACACCACCAUCAACAGUACCACCAUUGACCUUGUCAUACAGCUGUUCAGUACACUCAAUGAGUUCUGUGCUGGUAACCAGGAAAACAGAGUGGUUGUGUAUGACAUGAAAGCCAUAGACUACAUUAACUUUAUCUUGAGAGCAGGAGAAAUAGAAGACAGUACCAUAGAAAAAGUCAUUGAGCUUCAGCAGACUAUUGGCUCUUUAAUUAUUUCUCUGACUGAAGAAAAUGGUCCAGAAGCAUCUCAAGUGGCCAAAGAAGUGAAAGAUGCUCUGGACAAGGAGGCAGUCUUUCGUUGCAUGACCUCUUGCUAUGAAUGGUGUUUAACAGAGAAACGUGAAAACACUCCUACCUUAGGUCUGAGUGGAGGCUACUUGCAGUCGGCUAAAUCUCUGGCAGCUUUUGGUGGAUCUCUUAUUCAAGGAGUUGUGAAAGGUAAACGUAAGAGUGCUCUUCGUGAGAGUGUUGCUGACGUUGGCUUCAUAUUCUACCUAAUUCUGGCCCGGAUGAUAGACAUAGAUCCUGCUCUCCUGGACACCGUCAAAGUAACAGCUGAGAACAUGAAAGCCUUUGAAUAUUACAAGAAAAACUGUUGCUCUAUAGAGCUGGUCAAAGAUGAUAUUCUACAGAAAGUGAAUUUCAGGGUGAAAAAUAAAAGUGUAAUGAGAGAGGAAGUCAAAGAAAAACUCAAGUGGAACGUUGACAGAACAUCCCCCAGCAACAAAAUUCGAGAUCUGAUGGGUUGGACCAGAGACAUCAUGAGGGACAUUUCUUAUCAGCGUAAAAUAUUGGAUCAUCCCAUUUCAAAAUUUUUUACCAAAGGAUGGUUGCUGUGGAACUAUGGGACAAUAGUUUUGAGUCUUGCAAUUAACAUCAUAAUGCUAGUCACAUGGAAAGCCAAGGUAGCAUUUAAUGAUUGUGAUCCUCCAGUCGCCACUUCCAAAGAGAAUACUUCAAUCACAUGUCCUUCAUUAUUUGACCCUAUUCCCAACAUUGAAAAAUUAACAAAUGAUGAAUAUAAAAUCACUCUUUGGGUCCUAGGAGGCGUUCACAAUCUGUUCUCACUGUUUGUGCUUAUCAGCUACUUCCUGUCUUAUCAUCCUCGUUUUCCUAAAGCUUCCGAGAUCAAAACCUGGUUUCUAGGACUUUGUGGUAAAUCUGAUAACAACAGUGAACAGGAAGAAGUGAGAGAAGUGGAGCCACCUUCCAAGUUGACCACACAGUUUUUCAGUUUCACUACAUUUUACUAUCUGCUCUUUCUGGCUACAUCCAUUCUAGGCAGCUUGUAUCAUGGCUACUUUUUUUCCUUUCACCUACUUAACAUUGUGAACAAUAACCAGUUACUGGGUGGAGUCAUUAAAGCUGUUACACAGAAUGGAAUGUCUCUGCUUUGGGUGGCCAUCUUAGGAUUGAUUGUCAUCUACAUCUAUGCACUGAUUGGCUUUGCCUUGCUGAGAGUGUACUUUGAUAAUGAAAAGACAUUGUUUUGCAGUACUCUCUGGCAGUGUACUGUGACUGUCAUACGUUUUGGUCUCAUUGGAGAUAUGUUUGAGGAGAUCAGAGACAAUCCUGCAGGGAGCUCGUUCUCCAGUUUCUGGCCGAUGGUCUUGUACCAUGUGUCUUUCUUCAUCUUCAUCACCACCAUUGGUCUGAACAUCAUCUUUGGUAUCAUUGUAGACACAUUCUCUGAGCUGAGAGACUUAAAGUGGCGUGCAGAGUCUGACAUGAAGGACACUUGUUUUAUUUGCAGCAGAAACAGUUAUGACUUUGAGCAUCAUGGCAAAGGCUUUGACCACCACGUGGCACUGGAACAUAACAUGUGGUCCUACGUGUACUUCAUCAUUCAUCUAGACGACAUCAAAGCCAGUGACUAUACAGCACUUGAACUCCAUGUGGCCAAACUGAUGGAGAAAGAAAAUUAUGAAUUCAUACCCUUGAAUCGAGCUUUAUGUCUUUCUUUUGUGGAUAUUGACUCAACAGAAUCAAAGAUUGAUGACCUGCUUCUUCAAGUCACAAACAUAGCUAAGAAACAGAAAGAAGAGGAGGCUGAGAAGAAACGUAAAAUUGAAAGGUUGAAACAGAGGAGGUGGCAAGAGAAGCACAGAGAGCUUAUAUUUGGCAGUGAAAUGGGAACAGCCAUUGGAGCCACAAGCAGGUCCCAAAGUCAGGACCAGCUUUUGGAUCUCAGAGAUGGUCGCCCACGGUUUCAUGCCUUUGGUCAGCCAUCUUUAGACAGCACCAAAGGUGCUGGCCAAUCACCUUUUUCUGCUGGCUUAACUAGUGCGCAGAUGUCUACUCGCAUUCUUCGAGAUACUGACAGUGAGGCUGAGACUGGUUCCUUAUCAAGCUACCAUCUUCAUGGUUCAUUUGACCUCUUGGAUGAAGAUCCACCCCCUAGUUUCCCAGUCUACCCAGAGCCUGCCGCCCAGCCUCCCCCAGAUGAUCAGUUCACACAGUUCCCACCUCCCCCCUCACUGCCAUCCACUUCAUCACCUAGGGUGAUGUUUCAUCCAUCUGUACCGCCCUCCCCAAGGCGUGAUGAUGAUGACGACACAAAACCAGGCUCUUCACAGAUUGUGGAAAGAUUUUAACUGAGCUUGGAUUGCUCAUGCAGUUUAUGAUUGUACUCAAACUUAAUAUAGAGAUUUGUCAACCAAAUGUUUAUAUAAGUACUGAAUUCAAUACAAGGGACAAGUCUAGACCCACACAACAAGAACAGCGGUUGAUUGGAUUUCAAACUAAUGUGAACUAUUGUGAACCAAGUUAUUCCUGACUGAACAAAGUGUGUAAGAGAACAAAAGAUGUGUGAAUGAUCAAACAAAUGUUCAUGUUAUGUUGUUUUCAGAGAAAAACAAAAACACUCAUCACAUUAAGCUUCAUUGUUACUUGAGAUGAAUGAAAUUGUAUACAAAUGUGUCUUGUAUCAAAUUUGUUAUGAUUUUAUUCAUAUCUACAAUGAAUUGUGUACUACUUUUAAGUUUUUAAUCUAAAUAUUGUGCAUUUCUCAAAUAGCUGACAGGUGAAUAUCUUCCUUAUCCUAUGUUUUAUGUAAUCCUUUUUUAUUUCAGUUGAAUACAUUCUUUUUUGUUUUAGUGAAAUACAGUUGACAUACAAGAAUGUAGAUACAAGACUAGAUUUUUAAUGAAUUUUUUAAUCAGACAUGUUAAAAUUAUGUAAACCCUUUUUUUUAAACAUCGUAAAAAUCAUUUUUCAUUUGAGGAUAUGUUGAUAUUGUCAUAAUUUUUAAUUAUAAAUAAAUAGUUUUCACUGUGAAAAAAACAAUUCAGUGCGCAUUUAAAAAAACAACACAUUUAUCUUUUUCUCUUUUUUUUAUUGUUCUGGCCUUGAUGUAUUUACUAACAACUUAACAAAUGCUGUAACUUGUUUAAAUAACUCAGAAUCAGUCCGUCCAUUUCCUUUAUUUUUGCCAGGACUUCUUUUUAAAAAAGCCUCAGAGAAGCCUGGUCCUGAUGAAGCCUCAAAGAAGCCUGAUCCUGAUGAAGGCAAUACAUUUAUCAACAUAAUAUAUACUAAUUUUUCUUGAGCCUAGAAACUUUUGAAAAGAAAAUGUUAUGAUUGAAAGUUCUUCAUUUAUGAAACCAACUGAACCCACUUUGUCUGCCUUAGAGACUUGUAGGGAGGGAAAGCACCAUGUCUCUCUCUCUCUCUCUUUUAAUGUUUACAAUGCAUUGAAUUUGAAAAAAAAAAAUUGGCUUGUAUUUAUUACUUAGUAACCAGUUAUUGCUAAACACCUUUGUUUAUUAUUGAGCAAUACCCUUUGUAAUAUUAUUCCUUUGUCUACAACUGUACUAAUGGUAGUCAUUUUUUUUUAUUUUAUGAAGUUAUUUAGUAGUAGAUGUGUUAGCAAUUUUAUAGUGAAGGUUCACAUUGGUUGAAACUAGUUUCUUGUUUACUGUGCAACUGCUUCCAGGUUAGAACUCUGUGAUGAAUUGUUUGCACAGUGUUGCUAAGAUAGUGACAUCAUUUUAUGUGCUUAGUUCUCAAUGUCUGCAGUCCAUGCUAAUGGCUUCUUGAUAUUGUUUCUUAACAUUUUGUAGAUUUGUGCACAAAAAAUAAAAUGAUUCAUGAAAAAUAAAUAAGUAAAUAAAUUCUUGAAAUUCUUUAAAUCAAAAACUUGACCAAAAAAGGUUUUUAGUUUUUUAAAAUUUUAAUCAUAUAAUACCUUGUAUUUUAACGUUUUCAGUCUAGUACUUUAAGUACUUUCAAAUGUAUGCCUACCCAGGUUAAGAAAAACUGGUAUUAUGUGCAUUUUUUGUAAAAAGCUUAUGGCAUCUUUACUUAAAUUUCUACAUGUGUACUUGUGUACAUUCAAACUUGAUGACAUCAGUGCUGUGAUGUGGUCUUGAACUUGUGGAUUUGGUCUGACUAUAAGCAGCUCUCAGACUCAGUAUUUGAUCCAACAAAAAUUAACUAGAAAAUAAUGUGUGAAGUCAAUGAUGUGAUUUUAUAUACAUGUAUACAUAUUGCCCAAACUUGUUUCGCAUUUAUUUUGAUUUUUUUUGUUUGUAACAGUACUCAUAAGCCUAACAUUGGAGUGAGAUCAAAUGUUUAAUGUGUAAAAUACUUGGCCUAGGGGGAGCUACUGUAGACAUGUUUUUGAAUGACAGUGUGUGGUAUCCAUUUAGUCAACACUGCUGGACAGAUUGCUUAUGUGAAGAAGGUGUGAUACAUUUUUACUUCCAGUAGUUUGCAUUACCAUAUAAAAUUAAUAAUAUAUAUAUUAAUUCAUUUUAAUAUUGUACUUAAUGUUAAUAUUGAUCAUUGUGCCAUAGCUGUCAGAAAAUUAAAAAAAAAAAAAAAAAAAUUAAAUUUAAAAUCCUGAUAGUAGAGAUAAUUGUCUUUCAGUGUACUGAUAUUAUGAUUGCAAAGAAAAUUGCGACUUAAGUGUAAACCAGAAUUGUGUAUGAGCUAUUUAUUCAGGAAUAUACCAUGCAACAUAUUACUUUCUUUUUAUUGAUAUUUUUGUAUUGUAAUGAUGAAAAUAAUUGUACAUUAAACAAAGAUCAUCUGUUCA